UCUUUCUCUUUCCCUUUCCCUCUCCCUCUCCCUUCCUCCUUCCUCCUUCCAAGAGAUCCGCGCGGCACCAUCACCUAAACAAAAAAGUUGAUGAUGGCGAACAAGCGAGCCUCCCUCACAUCGGAUGACGGUGGCAAGGGCUACGAUCCCAUCGACAACUACGAUGCCACAUCCGACGACGAUGACCAUGGUGCGGGCUACUAUUCCAGGGCUGGCGCAGAGGCAGCGGACCACUACCAGGGCGACAGGCAUAGACAUAGCCAGCUGAAACAGGGCGUGUCCCCCUCGUCUGUUGCUUUGCCCGAAAGUCCCAUAUCGACCAGAAGGCGCGACUCAUAUGGCCAGCAGCCUGCCUCGCCCGUCUCCUCUAGGAGCCCCGCAGGAUACAGCUCCGAGAGUCGACAUUCGCUCAACAGCGGCCACGAGACAACAGCGUCGACAACAAUAGCAGCAAUAGCAGCGGUAGCGACAACGGCAGAACAAAAUAACUACAAGGACGAUUCUGAUCGCCACUCUAUAAACUCAUGGGAGGAGAACGACAGCGACGAGGAGCCAUACCAGGCAUAUGACUAUGGCCAGGAUGACGAUGAUGAGUCCGAGGAUGACUUUGAGGAACGUCCUCGAAGUCACCACCAACAGCAGCAACAGCAGCAACAGCAGCAACAGCAGCAACAGCCACAUCGAUACAGCACCGGGAGUGACAGCCAUCCUCACCCCCCAAAGCAGGAGCAGCAGAAGCAGCAGCAGGAGGAAGACGAUGACAAGGGCUCUUAUGACUACAGCUAUGAUGAGGAUGAUCACGACCAGGGUAACCCUCGAGCUCAGAGCCAGAGCCACGACGCCCAUUCAAGCCAUGUGCACCCCAGUAAUCGGCCUGAGCGAACUUCUACGGACAGCUUUGACAGUCGAUCGUCCUUCGAUGACCAUGAGCACAGCCAGCGCCACCACGGCGACAAGCUCAACGUGGAGGGUCCCACCUCGUUCUACGAUGAGAUGAGUGAGCCUGAACCCAACCCCGCCAUACUCCACGGUGCUGUAGAUCGUCGCGCUUCUGUCGCCUCUGAAAAGUCAGUCUCGAGCCACAGCAAGCAUCACUCUUUCGGAUACGAUGAUCGGCCACUGAAGUACGAUCAGCCCUCAGAGUCCGAGUCUGAAGAGCAACUUGUGCACCCUAAGUCGCCGUCUCCACCCAUCCCUUCCAAGUCUCGUCCGACCUCCUCGUUCUCAAUCGCCUCACUCUCCAGACCAGCUUCUUCUGUUUACGCGCACUCUGCUGCUGUUCCUGUCGUGUCAAAGCCCUUGAAGAUCAAGGAGGAAGCCGCUGACACGAAAGAAGCAGUGCCUGUUGCUGCGCCUGUGCCUGUUGCUGCGCCUGUGCCUGCAGCUGCGCCUGUGGAGGCACCUGUGACACCAGUUCCUGACCCAGUCAACGAACAUGCACCCACGCCUCAGUCACCUCUGGCAGUCGAUACGAUUUCUCAAAAGUCAAUGUCCUCCGCCUCCUCUAUCGAUCAGCGACAGAAGCGUUACUCUGGAUCGGACAGCGACACCUCUGGUACUUCCAUUGACCUGCACUCGCCCACAAUUAAGAGCCAUCUUAGGUCUGCUGCCCCUGUCUUCAACCGAUCGCUCUCCAAUACAUCUAUUUCGCGUGACACUGCUAGCAAACAUGGAACCAGUCUUGAGAAGGCGCGCCCUAUUUCGUAUGCCACCGUGUUUUCGGACGCAGAGCUGAACGAUGUCAACCUCGUGGACGAGCCUUUGAACGACAAACGCGCCAGCGAAGUUGUUCCUCUCACGCCCUCUACAUCCUCAGCAUUUGGUUUCUCCUCGAGCUUCUUUGGGCGUUCACAGCCUGCUGCUCAGCAGCCACAGCAAGUGCAGCUCCCUGCUCAGGGUACUGCUCAAGCAGUUUCGCCUCCAACGCCCACACCGACACUCCCCGCAUCCAGCGACACCCGAGCCCGCAGCACUUCCAUCAGUGCUCUUGCCAACUCCAUUUCUGGCGCAUUCAGCCGCGGAUUCUCCUCGCAGAGUCAGCCACCUGUGCCUCCAGUGCCUUCGACGCCCAGGACACCCAGUCAAAUCAGUCAAAGGGCCUCCAACACGGUGAAUAUGGGCAUGGACCGUCGUUUCUCCAGCAACAGAGGCAAUGGUUCUGAGAGGGCAUCAACGAUCUCGAAUGUGACGACAGAUUCAAACAUGGACUUGCUGCUUGCGAGACUAGAGGCGCAAAACGAACUGCUGGCUCAGGACUCAAAGAGACGUGUCACUACCGAGUCUGAAAUGGAUCGCGCUAUCGUACAUGCGAAAGAGGAGUCGGCAGGAGAGGAUAUCGACUGGGAUUACUGGGGUGCGCUGAUGCAUGAUUACAAUGCUGUUGUGAGGAAGAACCCAAAGCAGCUCACGGUCAUGAUCCAGAAAGGUGUUCCUUCGUCACUUCGCGGACUGAUCUGGCAACUACUUGCGAAAUCCAAGGACCCUCAGCUCGAGGCCACGUAUGCGGAGUUGCUUAAGGGAACUAGUACUCAUGAGAAGCAAAUUACCCGAGAUAUGAGCCGUACUUUCCCAAACCACGAAUACUUCCAGGCGGAUGGUGUUGGACAGGAGGCUUUAUUCAAUGUCGUCAAGGCGUAUAGUCUGUAUGAUCCUGAAGUUGGGUACUGCCAGGGCCUCAGCUUUGUCGUCGGACCACUGUUGUUAAAUAUGCCAGAGGAGGAAGCAUUCUGUAUGUUGGUCCGGAUGAUGAACACUUAUGAGAUGCGUGGCCAUUAUACCCCUGACAUGGCUAUGCUGCAAUUGAGACUAUUCCAAUUUGAGCAACUCAUGGAGGAGACUUUGCCCCUCGUGUUCAAACACCUCCGCAACCAGGGCAUUCGAUCGACGAUGUAUGCAUCUCAGUGGUUUAUGACGCUGUUUGCAUACAAGUUCCCUCUGGAUCUGGUCUUCCGCGUGUUCGACAUCAUCCUUGUUGAGGGUAUUGAGUCCAUCCUGCGUUUCUCAAUCGCAUUGUUAAAGGCGAACCAUGAUAAGAUUCUCAGUCUUGAUUUUGAGGUGUUGAUUGAGUUUUUGAAGAACGGGCUCUUUGAAUACUACAUGAAUGAGUCUGGUUUGUUAAUCCAAGAUGCAUAUGCUAUCAAGGUGACGCCCAAGAAGCUGGCUCAGUACGCACAAAAGCAUCAGGCGAUCAUUCAGAAGCAACAGGCGGAACUGGCUGCAGAGGAAUCGCUUCGGGAGUCCAACCGCCAGCUGUCAUCUCAAGUCCGGCACUUGGAGUCGUCGCUCCACGAGUUGAAUAAGGAGCAUGUCGAUCUGGCCAAGGAAUUGAUUACGCGCAAGAUGGAGAUGGCGCAACUGCAGGAUCAAAACGACGUGUUGACCCAGAAGGUCAGUGAUUUGACCAAGAUUGUGGACAGCCAGGCCAAGGAGGUUGAGGAGCAAUACAAGGGUGAGAUUGAGGAUGUGCUCCGCAAGAACAUGGAGUACUUGAAGAAAAACGAGCAGCUGGAGGAUCAGCUCAGCUAUAUGGAGUCGCUGCUAGUGGAAACGAAGAUGAAGUACGCGGAAAGCGAGAUCGAGAGGGACGCGUUGAGCAGGAAGCUUAGCGAUAUGCGAAAGGCUUUGGGUGUGAAAUAGGCAAACAGAGAAGGAAGCACGGACUGGAUGAGUAAUCAUAGAACAUGGCAAAGCUGAACAAAGAAGACAAUAGAUAAUAAUACCCUAAAAGUAAAAGUAAUAAACGAUACUAGUCUGUCUUGUUUGCCUGCC